AUGGUUGUGCUGAUGGUGUCGGCUUCCAGUCUCGUGGAGAAGACGGAGGGCCGUAUGGCUCACCUGCACGUGGCGCUCGAGUUCGGCGAGGAGAUCACGGAGGAGCAGCUCCACGCGCUGUUUAAGAACAACCCGCUGCACUACAUCGCUCUGCACAUCUGCAUCACUUCCGGGGCGCGCCGUGAAUAG